CCCCGCACUGCCCCAUCGCGUGGUCUGCUUUGGCUUCCAUAUUGCAGCAGUGUAGCUCUGGGAGGCCGCCCGGUGACCGAAUCAUCAUAGUUGCAAUCUAUCUUUGGCUCUACCCGAUUGUUCGUCCCUUGCUCUGCACACUAGUUGUCAGUGGGAGCCCCCGCCCCGGUGCCUUGCAGUCCCGUCCCCUAACGGGGAGGUUGAUUGGGGAACGGGACAUGGCGGCUCAGGUGGAGGCUCCGCUGCUACCCGCGACCCCGCUGCCGCCGCCCCUACAGCAGCCGCUUGGGGAGAUGAUAGAGGAUAGGCGGCUGGAGGGAGGGAAGCAGCGCCCGGCCAAAGAGGACGACGGCAGCGGAGGCGAGGAAGCGCCGUUUCGUAAGGAGUUUGUAGAGGCUCCCCCACCCAAGGUGAACCCCUGGAUGAAGGCUGGCGGGAGUACCGUAAAUGGGCAGCUGCCCGUAGUGUCUGUGAGGAACGAGAUGGGCUCAGAUCAGGAGACACGUGUAAUGGUGACAGGAUACUGCCUGAAACAACCUUACCCUCCUGUUCCUGCCAAGGUGGUGAAAGCUGGAAACCCAAGGCCAAGGAGAGGAAGCAAGGUUGGGGAUUUUGGUGACGCCACAAACUGGCCUACCCCAGGGGAAAUUGCCCACAAGUCUGUGCAGCCAUCAAGCAAACUCCAGCCAAGCCGCAAAUCCCUGGGCAAGAAGGAAAUGAAAGAAGAGAGUGCAGACGGGAAGGAAAACCAGAGGGUGAAAUCGGAUGAGUCCAGUGAGGAGAAGAACGGUGAUGAUGAUUGCCAGAGAUCAGCAAACAAAAAGAAAGCGUUUCCCGCAGGAAACAAACACAAGUGGGUACCCCUACAAAUCGAGAUGAAGCCUGAUGGACCAAGAGAGAAAACCGCUUCCAGGAACAACCGGCAGAACGAUCAGCAACGACACCCACUGAACCGCAGUGACCCCAAAACGAUGUAUCCUGAUAACAAGGCUGAUUGGCAGGACUUUGAUGAUACUUCCAGCGUGAAAAGUGAGGGAGCUGUCAGGGGUGGCUAUAGGGGCAGAGGACGUGGCCGAGGGAGAGGAAGAGGACGUGGUCGAGGAGGCACCCGUUCUCAAUUUGACUAUCAGUACGGGUACAGGAAAUUUGAUGGAACCGAUGGAACACGUGGGCCAAAGUUAAAUAUCGCUAGUAAUAUCACGUAUUACUAUGACAACAUGAGUAGUUCGGAGCUGUACAGUGUGGACCAGGAGCUUCUGAAAGACUACAUCAAACGGCAGAUAGAAUACUACUUCAGCGUAGACAACCUGCAGAGGGACUUCUUCCUGCGCCGCAAGAUGGAUAACGAAGGUUUCUUGCCCGUUGCUUUGAUUGCCGGUUUCCACAGAGUACAGGCUCUCACCACUGACAUUGAACUGAUAAUCAAGGCACUAAAGGACAGCAAAGUGGUGGAGAUUAUUGAUGGGAAAAUUCGCAGGAAAGAGCAGCCAGAUAUGUGGCCGCUUCCAGGUCCCUCCCUUUCAGAUGCUUCCCAGACUGACUUCUCUCAACUCAUAAAUUGUCCUGAAUUUAUCCCCAGGCAAGGAUUCCAGAAGGAAACAGAAUCUGCUCCUGGCUCUCCUCGGUCAUCCAGCCCAUCUCGAACAACAAAAUCGGAAGAGGUCAGUAACUUGAAGACCAUGCCAAAGGGGCUAUCAGCCAGUUUGCCCGACCUGGACUCUGAUACUUGGAUAGAAGUCAAAAAAAGGCCGCGGCCUUCCCCAGCAAGAACCAAGAAACCGGAUGAAGUGAAGUCUCCACAGGUGGUUACACCUUCCCAGGUGACUCCACAAAAGCCACCCAAAGAGCAAGAUGAACCAGAGGAGUUGGACUUUAUGUUUGACGAGGAAAUGGAGCAAAUGGACGGCCGAAAGAAUACUUUCACUGACUGGUCAGAUGAGGACUCGGACUAUGAGAUCGAUGAUCGAGACGUGAACAAGAUUCUUAUUGUGACGCAGACUCCGCCUUCACUACGCAAGCACCCUGGAGGUGACCGCACUGGCAACCACACUUCUCGCGCAAAGAUGAGCUCAGAGUUGGUCAAAGUUAUCAACGAUGGUCUGUUCUAUUAUGAGCAGGACCUGUGGACUGAACAGUUUGAGCCAGAGUACUCUCAGAUUAAGCAAGAGGUGGAGAACUUUAAAAAAGUGAAUAUGAUUAGUCGGGAGCAGUUUGACACCUUAACCCCUGAGCCGCCGGUGGAUCCAAACCAGGAGGUUCCACCAGGACCCCCGAGGUUUCAGCAAGUUCCUACAGAUGAUUUGGCUAAUAAACUGUUCGGUGUCCCUGAACCUUCAACGAUUGCCCGAUCUCUGCCGACCACCGUUCCCGAAUCUCCAAAUUACCGCAAUGCUCGUACACCACGUACCCCACGCACACCCAGGUUGAAAGAUCCAACUCUUACACCAAGGUUUUACCCAGUGGUUAAAGAAGGCAGGACGAUAGAUGCUAAGACUCCUCGGAAAAGAAAAACGCGACACAGCUCCAACCCGCCAAUGGAAUGCCACGUAGGGUGGGUGAUGGACUCCAGGGAGCACAGACCUCGUACUGCCUCUGUCAGUUCUUUCAGCUCCAAUGCCAGCCCAUCUGAGGGUGCCCCAGCCUUGAGCAAUUUCGGAUGUACCCCACAAUCUCUGCCAAAGUUCCAGCAUCCUUCCCAUGAACUGUUGAAGGAGAAUGGAUUUACACAACAUGUUUACCACAAGUACCGCCGACGUUGCCUUAAUGAAAGGAAACGGCUGGGCAUUGGCCAGUCUCAGGAGAUGAACACCCUCUUCCGUUUCUGGUCCUUUUUUCUCCGAGAUCAUUUCAAUAAGAAAAUGUAUGAGGAGUUCAGACAACUGGCUGUGGAGGAUAGCAAAGAGGGAUACAGGUACGGGUUGGAGUGCCUAUUCAGAUACUACAGCUACGGGCUGGAAAAGAAGUUCCGAGUGGAUAUAUUCCGAGAUUUCCAGGAAGAAACUAGAAGGGACUACGAAACAGGUCAGCUGUACGGGCUGGAGAAGUUUUGGGCCUUCUUAAAAUAUUCCAAAGCCAAAAAUCUUGACAUAGACCCCACAUUGCAGGACUGUCUGAGCAAGUUCCGCAGACUAGAGGAUUUCAGGGUUGAUCCUCCAAUGGGAGAAGAUGGAGGAUCAAAGAGGCGUCACUCAUUCUCAACGGGGGAGGGCAGGAGAAGGUACCCAUCCCAGUCUUCCAGUAGAGGAUCUGGUCAUCCGUCUCAGAAUUCAACUCAAAAUUCAGCCAAGGAAGAGGCCAAAGCCCAAAGCCAACCUUCCACUGCUGCACCGGAUUCCCAGUUCCCUGGAGGAGGGAAGUAGACGGAAUACAAAUUGGAGUUGGAACUAAGGACUUGGCAAAGGGAACAUUGUUUCUUGGAUAUGAAAGGUGGAUAUAUCACACAAUAGAUUCCGCCUUCUUCCUGCAGGAAACUUCAAUUAGCAGAGACUCCAGGUGCUGGAGGCAAAGACUGAUUGUUCCCAUGCCCUUUGCACCUAUAGGGGCAGCUGCUCGUGCUAAAGAGGAGGAUGAUCUUUGGUUAGGGGUAUGACAUUUAGUUUCAUUUGUUUUAGCAGAAACCUGGAGGAAAGCUCUCGCUAUGUUCAGUGUGAGAAAAAUCUUUUCUUUUAUUUUUUUUUUCCCUUGUUUUUAAAUUAUUGAAUUUGUGCCCUCCCCUUUGAGCAGCAAUUCCCCGGUGUGGAAUGAAAGACUCGCGUCUGCCGUGAGAUGGCCACAAGCAGAGCUUUGCUGUUACAGGCUCACAAUGCGAUACACAGGGCCUUUCUAUGGCUUCUGUCUCUUGCAUGAGACAAAUCAGUUUUCUUCGAAGCAAAGAUUGGGUUCUGCAGCUUCUCAAAUCUAGGACGUUGUCUUUUAAACAAUGCCUCUUCCUCGUGAUGGAGGGUCCAGGGAUUGUCCACACGAUGGAGCUGCUUCUUCUUGCUUCUUACUUUCUUCCCCCAGUUAUUGGUUCCUCGGCAUGCAGCUCAUGGCUUCAAGACAACCCUGCAGUGGUAUUCCCCCCUCCCCUUUUCAGAGAGAUAUAUAUAAAUAUAUUUUUAUUUUUUCUUUUGUUUUAUUAUUUCAGACUGUGAAUAAGAAUCCCAGAAAAAAAAAACUAGCAAAAGACAAGAGUUAAAAAAAAAACUGAAAACAAAACUGCCUUUUAUUUCCCUUUUAAAAAUAUUAAUCUAUUCAGCAUUGUGAGAACAAAGAUGACGAAACGUUGCCUUAUAGUAACCUAGAAGCUUGCCGAACAAGCUGCCAUCUUGGAAUAAAGCGGCAGCCAAUCAUAAAGCAGUUUGGAGCAGCCACUGACUGAAGACAAAUCACCUGGCCCCACAUCCCAUGCUGCUGUUUAUCUUCAUUCUGUUUCAAGGUUGUCUACCCCAGGGCAUAAUAAUUUGGUAUUAAAAAAUUUUAUUUUAUGCCGCAGGAUAUAAAGCAGGAAGAGGCAAUUAGUUUAUUUUUUUUAUUUUUUUUAAAUCAUACUUUUUUUUUUUAAUUUCGCCGUAGGGAGGGUUGAUAACAAAAUUAUAAGUUCCGUACUGCAAAAGGGUUAGUUGUGUUGCAUUUGCUGUGUUUCUUUGGGAGUUUUAUGGCUUAAGUCUACAGAAGUUAUGGAAAUCCUUGGCCGUUCACUUAUUAUUAGACACCCACCCCCCCGUUUUAUUAUAUCACUGCCACCGUGCUAUUUUCAAUGCAGGAAAUUUACAGAUGGAAAUUGAAACUACUUUCAGUCUUUGGUGCAAAGUCAGAAGCUGCAUCAUGUAUGUAGAGCUGCAAUGAAAGACACUACCAUUGACUAUAAUGUGAAUCGCUCUUUGCAUCAUGGCUUGUACGAUUAGUUAAACGGUCAGGGUGGUUACCUUAGCGAUUUAGGGUAGUUGGGUACAGUUAACCAGGAUAAGGGAUGGGGGUUGUAUUGUGCAAUGUCAGGAUACAACCAUCUCCAUUGCAUUGGAUUGUGCAACACUCUCCCCAUAUGUAAUAUAAAGCACUAAGUUUGCCCUGGGGCGGCAACCAAUAAGAUAUAUAUUUUUAAACAGAUGACCAGUAAAUACUACCUGCUGGUUGGUUGAUAUAGCUUACUGCAACUGGGCAAACUUAGUGCCUGUUAUUGCAUUAGCCCAUUAGUCUGUAAAGUCAAGUUACCAGGCCUGGUAUCCGAGUACUAAUGGAAUAACCCUACAAAUGAUUAGUUAGGGCUGGAUCCUUCUGUAACGGGCCCCAUCCCUUCAUUCUUUAUCCUUCGUAACUGUUACCGCGCACCAUGUGUGGGUGGCGACCGCCAUCUUGCCAGCUUUACCUUUCUUUGGAUUUGUUUUCCAUUUGGUGAUGAGGGUGAGAGGGUAGAUCUGAGUGCCUAACACUCCCAGAAUCCAUUGAGGGUGCUUCGCUCAUCCUUCCCCAGUUGUGCAGCAAAAUGAGUCCCGAUAUCUGCCUUUCUACAGAUCAUAUAUCUUCGGAGAUAUAUAUAUAUAUUUAUAUCAGGCAUGGUUAGCUGCUCCCCUGGUUUAUUCUUUCUACACUGGCCUAUUUUAUAUUGACAAUAGGUGGUGUGUCCUUUGUUUUGCUCCUUCCCUCCCAUAUCAUUAUUUUGCCCCCCACAUAGGAUGGAAGGAACUGUUGCACCUAACGAGUCCAUUAAAAAAAUACAUUAUUGCUCUGAAACAGUGACCCCCAACUGUGGCACCUCUGGGUGCGGUGGGGGGGUGUCGUGCUUCCUAUAGUUGCACAUGACUCCCCCCAAACCACUUGUUUUUCAAUUUAUUCCUAGAACUGUACCCCUUAUGCCAUGAAAUACAUUCAGUGAGCGACCCAUAAACGACUGACAGGCUCUGUGCUGAUUUGUCAGUUUUAUGUGAGAAUGAUGAGUGGAUUGGUGCUCAGUGUUUGCUGUUGCUGAGGAUUCCUCUACCUUCCCCUUCACAAGCCUUUGCCAACACUUCCCUUACACCUUCCGAAGUCACCAAAUUUGACUUUGUGCAAACGCUGCUGCACCCUCCUCCCGACUCUGGAAUGCUUCACAUACAUUAUCCUCCCCCCCUCCCCCAUUAUGCUCAGAUCAGAAAAGGACAGAAAAACACACAAAAAUGGAUAAAAUUGAAAAAUGUAAAAUACUUGAAUGAGCGCUUGUACUAUAACAUUAAUAUUAUUCAGAGUAUCCAUUCUUAUUGAGUUAUGAUUUUGCUUAUAGCUGUGCUUUAGUCAUUUCUUGGUAAUUUGUGGUAAUUAUACUUUUUCCUUUUUAAUACAAAAAAAAUGUAUAAAAAUAAAAACCUCAAAAGACAA